GGAAAAAGACAGAGUUGUGUCCCCGAUUCUCUUUGCCUGUGAAGAUGAGGAAGAAGAGGAGGCGGAGGCGGAGCAUCUAUACAGCCAGAAACCGCAAUGCGAGAGCACAUCACAAAAGAGAGUGAUGACUUUGGUCUGGAGUCUCCUCCGAAUAGGGUUGCUUUAAGCAAACCAAAGGUGUCCUGCCACAAAAAAGAGUUGGAGAGUCUGGGAAAAGAGGGUCAUCCUGUCAAAGGAAACUCAUCCAGUAAAACUCAAACAGAUGUUUCAGAAGGUAAACCAGAAAGGCAAGAAAAGACCGAAGCGUCUGUGUCUAAAGUGAGACAGGAUCCUAAACUGGCAGCUCCAAACAAAAAGUCAGAAAGUGUUCGCAAUCAGCCUUCAGUUGAGGUUUCAACUCGUGUCGGAAAAAACAUGACGACUUUCGUACAGAAGCUUAAAGAAGCUGGACUUUCCAAACCUGCAUGUUCCAGAAAGUCUCUGUCACCUGUAAAAGUACCCACUCCUCCUCCUGAGCCAGAGGAGGAUUUCCUGCUUCUGGAGGAUGAAACCCCUCUUUGGAUUUCCAUUCCAACAAAAAGUGCCACCGGUAAGAAACAGAGACCGAGCAGAACGUCCAGCACCGACAACGACAGCUCAAAAGACAAGGGGACGAAGGAGAGCCCGCCAGAGAGGACACAAGAACAACAGGAGUCUAAUCAGACAAACAGAAAAGUGGGACACCAGACUGUCAGUCAAGAAAUGAAGAAGAUGAAAGAGAAGAAGAAGGAGUCAGCCAAGCAGAGAACUGAUACGACUGAAUCAACCAGCCCGGAGGAUCUUCCUGUGGUUGAAUUAUUGGAACAAGAGAAACCAAACAAGAAGAAACAACGACUCAAGAAGCUUCCUCCUAAAGAAAGUGACAAAGCAGAGGAGCAGCCUGAAGACACGGCUGAGAGGGAGAGAGAGGGAGGAGAGCCAACCCCGAAAAGACUUCACAAUCAGCCGUCAGUCGAGGUUUCCACUCAUGUCAGAAAAGACAUGUCUGCUUUCCUACUGAAGCUUAGAGAAGCUGGACUUUCCAAACCUGCAUGUUCCAGAAAGUCUCUGUCACCUGUAAAAGUACCCACUCCUCCUCCUGAGCCAGAGGAGGAUUUCCUGAUUCUGGAGGAUGAAACCCCUCUUUGGAUUUCCAUUCCAACAAAAAGUGCCACCGGUAAGAAACAGAGACCGAGCAGAACAUCCAGCACCGACAAAGACAGCUCAAAAGACAAGGGGACGAAGGAGAGCCCGCCAGAGAAGACACAAGAACAACAGGAGUCUAAUCAGACAAACAGAAAAGUGGGACACCAGACUGUCAGUCAGGAAAUGAAGAAGAUGAAAGUGAAAGAGAAGAAGAAGGAGUCAGCCAAGCAGAGAACUGAUACGACUGAAUCAACCAGCCCGCAGGAUCUUCCUGUGGUUGAAUUAUUGGAACAAGAGAAACCAAACAAGAAGAAACAACGACUCAAGAAGCUUCCUCCUAAAGAGAGUGACAAAGCAGAGGAGCAGCCUGAAGACACGGCUGAGAGGGAGAGAGAGGGAGGAGAGCCAACCCUGAAAACAAAAGACAAAGCCCAGAAGGCCACUGAAAGAAAGACAUCAAAAUCUGUAAAAGAUGGGAAAGAAAAUGCCAAGACAGGCACGGCUAAGUCGUCAAAGGGGGGCAGGAAAGUGAUGCAAGGGUCUGAUGGAAGAAAGGAGGCGGCGUACACUGAGACUGCGAAGGAACCAAGUAAGGAGCACAAAGAUCUAGAAGACGAGGGCUCUGCAUCAGAAAGAGAAACCUCAAAGUCUAAAGCACAAACAGCAAAGGAUUUCUCCGACGGAAAAGAUGAACAGAAACAAACGCCGCCCGUGUCUGACGGAACUCCACCUGAAGACGACCACAUUAUUGGGAAAAGGAAAAGGAAGCAGCCCGGACUGUGGUGGCUAAGCUCCCCAGAAGAAACAGAAGCUGCAGACCACUGGCCUACGGUGAAGAAGCAGUCAAAGCAGAACAACAAGGAGCCUAUCACAGCAACACGUUCUCCGGUAAAGGCUAAGAAAGAAAAGGCUCUAAAGAAGAGGAUUCAGGCAGAGUGUGCAACGUCGUCCUGUCAGGAUAAAAACAAAGUUAAAGAAAAGAAAAACAGACGGGGCAAAAUCAAAUCAAAUCAGGAAAGAGGAAAGGAAGAAGCAGAGCCGGUGGAAGAGCUGGUGGAAGAGCAGGAGCAGCAGGGUGAAGUCGAGGACCAGAACUUGGAUGAAGGGUCUAGUCCUUUGGACUUUUCACACAGAGGCCACAGCCUCAGCACAGGGGAGGAGGUAUUUCAUAGAGUAUAUCAUCAUAUCUCUACUGAAGAACAGUCCAUCACCCCAGCGCCUACUACUCCCAGAAGGCAGAGGGAGCAGCUUAGGACAGCAGAAUCAGAUAAACGGAGGAGGAAAUGUCCGGGUAACUGGUGGGCCGUCAACGGCCCGACGGAGGAAGCGGAGAACAUCUCGUCAAAGCCACAGCAGGAGCCCAAACCUAAGAAGGAAAGAAAAAAGAAGAGCAAACAGAGCAGGGGCUUUAAACUGGGGACUCCUAAAAAUGGUAAUGUUGCAGUCUCAUCAAAGCCACCAGAGGGAGCUGCUGUUCCUCCUCUGACGGGGAAGCUAAUGUCAGCUCCCAAGACUGUCAAACGCUCUCUGGCCACGUUUAAAGACAUUUUCGAUUCAGCUGCAGAGACCUCGACUGUGGAGAGCAGCAGAGGAGCAGUUCAGAAAAACACGCGUAAAGUCAGAGCUACUGACCUUUCAGUCCCAGAUGAAAGCGACAAAGGUAUUCUCAAUGUAGAUUCUGUCGAGGUCAGCCCUCCAUACCACGACACCCCACAGGAUGACAAGUGUCAUUCAGAGGACAUUUCAAUCCCCUUCAGAAGUGGACCGCCCUCCAUGUUUGAGCUGCAAGAGUACGAGGAGCAUGACACCAUGACUCGGCCAUCACCCAGCGUCCUUUCUGCCCUCUCUGCAUCCGAUCUGUGCGCCCCUCCUCUCAAACCGCUCAUCUUGCAGCCGAAGGAUAAGGCAAACCUGGCAGAGUGGUUUAAGUGUCUCUGGUCUGCCUCUGUCGAUAAAGGUCCUGAAGUCAGUCCGGAGCAUUUCGACUGGUACUUCUAUCAGGGCCGAGCGAUCGGCUUCAUGGUGGACCUGAACUCUGGAACCAUCUGUAGUGGGAAAAUCCUGCUGGGCUCCUACAUGAAGAAGCCUCUGUGGGUGGAUCACAGCGCCACAUCAGUUUUUCACUUAUUAACCAGCUCUGUGAGCGUAGCCAUUGACGGCAGCGAGUCACGCUUCAAUCCAGGACAGUCCUUCAUGGUGCCAUGUGGUCAUGCUUACUGCAUUGAAAACGUCAGUAGGCAGCCUGCAGUUCUGUACUUCACCAGGGUAUUAACAGAAAGUUUGGACUAAAGUUGGAACCUUGGGGCUCAAUCACCAGCCUCAUACUUCUUCAAAUCCUCAAACUCCAGAAUAUGUAAAAAAAAAAAAAGAAAAAAAGACUGGGUAUGUGUGACAUAAUUUAAAUUGACCCGUUUCUGUACAAGCACAUGAGGUGUAAAUAGAUCUUUGUUUUUAAUAACUUACUUGACCGAUAUCUUUGAUUUCAAUGAUAUAUUUUCUGAGAAAAUCAAAAUAAAAUGUCUUAAUAAAACGUUGUGCUUUUUAUGACUUGA